CUUGAGAAAGAGCGUCGUACGGCCAUGCGACAGGGCAGCAAGAGAAGUCCAUCAAUGAAAGGGCAUGUGGGGGGAUCCGCUUGUCUCAGGUCGAGUCUCUGGUACGCAUUCACAGGACAUCACCUGGUGAUGCCCAUUGUGUGUCCGACUGAUUGUCUUCAGGGUUGGUCCUGAGGCUCUCCUGGCUGUAUCAUCCCUCUUCGCUGCGCUUCUGAACCCUGAACUGGACGCCGCAUAUACCAAGACGGAGGCUUUCGAAGUGUCUUGCACCGGGGAGAUGGCGAUCGUGGAAAGCGGCCUCCGAUUUAGGGCCCUGCACCACAUGGCCAUGUCGUAAGAACGCAGGAGGAUGGCUCAGCCAUUUUUGGACCCGCCUUGCUGUCGUGUCUUGCAGAGCAUUUCAGGCGAGCGGCGCGGACUCCGUCCUUCUGGUCCUGUCACAGCUGAUGAUAUGGCUCACUGAAGAGGUAGAAACAUGGUGUCCAUCUGUUCCGCAUUGUCUCGGUCGUGUUAUGCCUGCUUCUUGCAGCACGCAAUGGGUCUUGUUCCAGACGAUGCUGACGUGCCCAUGCUGCAAAAGGUAUGUAUGCACGGCUGCGUACCUCAAUUAUGGACGCCAGGUCACCGGCUCUCUGAUGCGGUCAGAUCCUGGGUUUGGCACUUGCGACAGUCAUACUCAAGCUGGUGGAGUUCCCCCAGACGAGAGACACAGGGGCUGCAGUGCCACACAAGCCCAAAUCGAGCGGCGACUCGGCAGACCAGACACACAAAGGGUGGUCGAGCAACGCCGACGGGAGCGAGGGCGAAGCAUUACCAAUGAGUGCCUCCGAGGUCUGUGAUGAGAUUGUAAAGACCGUGUCACGGUGCUGUGGUUUUCUUGAGGGCAACGCGCCAACCCCAGACAUGACGUCGACGGACAAGAAGUGGGGCCAGCGCACGAAACCCGACGACAGAUGUCUCAUCGAUCAACACGGCAUGCAUUUUGCGUGUGUGCGUUGUAACUGUGCUCAGCUCUGACACACAAGACGGAGCAAGCCAUCGAAGCGGCCGUGUGGACGUUGAAGAUACGACGUGGCGCACUAUCGACCUCAGAGUCAUGCUCGCAGCUGCUUCGGGCUUUCUUCAUCACCUGAAGGUAAGAAACAGCUCUUCACAUAGGGUGGCUGCCAGCAAAAUAUGCCCUUGCGUUGUCAAUCAGAAGGAGGCAGCACGUGCCAAGGAGCACUUCGAGCAUGCAGCGAGGACGGCAGAGGAGCAUUCGGCGCCUUGGCCCACAGGGCCAGCGACACAGCCCAAGGAUGGCACCCUUGCUGUCAUAUUGCUCAACCUGGCCACGCUGAGUAGCCAGUGCCCAAAAAGGUACCUGUGUGUGAGUUCGCGAUCACUUCAUCUGUAUCUAACCUUAUUUGAUGUCAUUCGUUGUAGGAUGACGGCUGAAGAAGCCGUCACAACACUCAAUUCGCUGCAGGGGGCCCUCAACUCGCUGAAGAACUGGUGACAAAAUAGCCAUGAGGGCAUAAAGUCAACAAGUGCUUGUCACGUUCUCUUGUUGUCUCUCUCAGUGGCGUGAUUCCAGCUAGUGUCUCCAGACAAGCCCUACCGCUGCAAUGUGACACGCCUGAGCUACCUCUGGUCCCGCCAGAUAGCGGUAGGAACAUCGGGCCGAGCAGGGCAAGGACAGCAUUGCACAACUCCGAGGAUGACGGCGCGUCCCUUGUGGGGUUCUUGGUGCGAGCUGCAAGGCUUUUAUUCAGCCGGGCGGCGCUGCAAAAUGAUGCUCCAAGCAACAAAAGGCCGGCAGAGGGACGAAAUGGCACACUCGAUGACGUCUUGCGGGAGCUUCUGCUGGUGAGACACCCUCUAGCGCAUUUCUCCCGACGGUAGUCGACUGCCCAUUCUUUCUUCGUGUGUUAGGUAUGUUUCUACAACUGCGGCGCUGUACUAUCCCAGCUGGCAGUGACUCCCCUUCGCAAUUCCGACCCCGAAUCAUCAGCAUCCCAGUCUCCCACCAGUCCCUACUACACCCCUCCCCAUUCGGCCCUUGAUCGUCUGGAGAGUGUCCACGAGGGAAUGGAGCGUCUUGAGGCGAGCGUUGCUGUUCUGGGGGAGGGUCUUGAGCUGGGCAAUGCUCUAUUCGGAUCGGAGCACGCCCUGGUGGAGAUGCUCACGCAUGCCCUCGCACGACAGGUUAGCCUUCAGCAACGAGUCCUGUCUCUUGCACUUCUCAAUGCGUCUGACUUCCUGCGUUUUCAAGAGAGCAUUCCUGAAGGCUGCUCUGCUCCGCGAGAGGAGACGGAACCCUCAGCCGGCAGCAGAGCGGCGUAAGCACCGGACAGAGCGGCUUGAGGAUAAGCCCAAGCCAGCCGUAUCUCGGAGCAAGCCGACUCCUGCCCCAUCGAAAUCCUCGCCAAAACGCCCAGCUGUCCCUGCUGCAUCACCCCGCACGCAGGCGUCCCCCCGUCCAUCAAUCUUGUCGUCCAAGCUACGGCUAUCGAGGCCGUCGGUUCCAGUGCUGCAGGAGCGGCCGACGUGCAGUGCUCCCCAAUACACACUCGUGACGGCAUCUGUGUCGCCCAUUGAGAAGAGCCAAGAUGCCGCAAAGAUCGUGCACUGCCUGGACGACCAUGUGGGGGACAGCUGGCAGAGACCGACUCUCCCUCCCUCGCGGACGACCUUAUCAUCGCGAGCAUCGCAUGUCAAGACACGCCCAGCAUCCAGGUCCAAUGUUCGUGCGUCUCCAUAUGCAAUCACAUCGAUAUCGUCCUCCGUCCUCACACAGCAGGCAAGCAAUGCGCGCAAGUGAUGCAUCACUCCACAUCAUGUCGCGUGAAGUCUCUGUGCCGUCUGUGCAGGGUCGUGUCUCGCCGUCCAGCCAUCCACCACAAACCGCAGCCGUGGUCACGCCAGCGCCCUCUGCAUAUCCUCGUGGCGGCACCCCUGCCCCUGACAAGACUGUGGGCAGCAAAACGACGACCAAGCAAAGACCCCAAAGUUCUCCCUCGCACAGACAACGACGCGCCACACAUCGCCAUCAGCCAUCAGCAACAGAAGAGGGCAUUGGAGAGAGCUGCGAUGCGGCAGAAGAGACACCGCAUCCACAUGAUGAGCAACUGACGUCGCCUCUGGUGCUGUCCGCUCCCACCCCAUCGCCUCAAGCCCAUCGAGACAGCGCCAUCCAGCGGAAAAGAGUGCCGGUUUUGUGGUCUUCUGCAGCGCUACGACUGCCGAACAGCAUGGAGAGGAGCAUGCACAAGCGCCUGCCUGACUGCAGCCUGCAGAGGCCUCUGCUUAAGACAUCAAUCCUUCGCUCUCAUUUGCAUCGGUGGACCUGUCAAAGCUAAUGGAUGGUCGGAUGGAUGGAUGGAUGGAUGGGUCGGUUGCUCAAUUGGUGUACUCGCUACACGUAGU